CAUCAAACCAGCAUUCUUGUAAUGACAAUUUGGUUUGGCCCGGAUGCUGGACCUGGAGUUGUAUGUGUUGGACCAGUUCGUGUGGAAAAAUGGCGCAAACAGCCGGUUCGAACUUUGCUCUUUGGAGCAAAAAGUGAGAAGACAGAGGUCCGGCCGGGGCUUCAGGCUGCUCUUGGCGUUUCAAAAGGUUUGCCCUCAACCGGCAGCGACACGAGCGUGUUUUGUGCCGGUGUGCGCCUUACCGAAGCUGCUGAUGCAGCGGGCACAGAUGCAGGUGUUUGGUGCUGCCCAUGCGACGUUCGGGUGACACUGAUGGGUGAGCGGCGCGAGCUUCCGCGCACGGUGCGGUGGAUACUCACCCCGAGUUCCAGUGAAGUGUUUUUUCCUUUGAUGCCGCUGACAGAUGUUGACCGCUUUGUGACCAGCAGUGGGGCCUUGAGAGUAAAGGCUGAGAUUCUUUUCCAUCUUUGCGCUGCGAAGGACAGCAGCCCUGGCUUUCUUGGGGCGCCCAGCACUACUUUGACGGCCUUGAUGUAUGCAUGGUGUUUGGCCGGCAGCGCCUGCAUAGAGGAGGCGAUCUCAAAUACCUGUCGCGGCACAUUGGGCAACACGGAGACAAAGGAAAGCCAUUUGCACAAGGAUGCCACCGUGCAUGACUCAUCCUUGUGCGUCUUCCGAGAAGCCGCAGAGUUCUGUGUGGACGCGGCCCGGCGCGUCGAGUUGGAUCCGUGCUGUUGGAGAGCAGGACUCUUUGCGUCCAAAAGACGAGGUUCACCUGUUGAGCGCUUUGAGGUGAGAGGUGAAGAGCACACUUUUCUGCUGCAAGAGUUGGUGCCUGGGCUCUUCAUUGGCAGAUCUUCAGCACCUGAAAGUGACACAGAAGCUCUGCGAGAUGCCGCUCCAACAGUGCAUGUUGACCACGAGAAGAGUGACAAAAAUGAGACAAGUGAUUGUUUUUCUGAGGAAGGGAUGGCUGGGAUGGCCUUGGAGCUCGAAGAGCUUCAAAUCCGACACAUCGUGCGACUUUCCCAAGUUGCGCAGGUGGCGACGGGGACCCCGACAGGGAGCCUCAUAGGGAUAGAGCUCUACGAAUUGAAGGAAGGUGGUGAGGGAAGAGAGGUGCGGCGGAUGGAAUUGCGAGAGAUGCGAGAAGGUGAGGGAGAGAGUGAGGAACCGAGUGAACAGAGUCCUAGUCAGGUGAGAAAGCUACCUGUCAUGGAAGCUGUCGACAUGGCCCACGAUCUCUUCAUGGGGAACUUGAGUGACUCGGACUUGAGUAGAGUCAAGCAGGGCGAAGAGCUUGGGCUACGGCUACUGCGCAGCAAUUUGCUUCUACUGCCCUCCACGUGUGAAGAUGGAGAGCUGUGUACUACAGUAGCUGCAGGGGUCGUUGCUACGGCGUUUCAGAUGCCAUUCGUUGAGGCUAAGCGAUAUCUUGGGAGCUACUGGGAGGUCCCGGCCAGCGACUCUUUGGAUGUCAAGGAUCUGGAAAGAGCCCAUGGAGAUCAGGAAGAGAUUGAGCAAGAGAAUACCUGUACAGUCAGAGAUGAAACUUGCAUACCCUCAGUCAAAGACCCGGGAUGGCUGAUCGAAGCCUUGAAGUGCCAUGAGCGUGAGGAAAGCAGUCGAACUGUCAGCGCCAAAUUUGCAAAAUGGUUUGCGUCUGGCUCAGGAACACGCAGUCUUUCCGGACCAACAUUGGCUGCUGUGCAAAGUUGGAACCAAGCCUCGGUGAUGUCUUCAGGGGAACUUUUGCCAGUUCCAUGGUAUUGCUUGCAGCCUCCCAUCCCUGGUGACGUGUUGCAUGUGCAUGACACGGGUUGGGGAGCUGUGCCCGAGAUUUUCAAGGCUACAGCAGCCACCAGAUGGCAGAUGCAGCUGCUUCAGAAAGAAAGCCACGGCCUCCAACCUAGAAGCGAUGGCAGCGAUGGCCUGCAAAUCUCGGAGCAGACUUGGAACUCUUUGGUCACCCUGAAAUUUGUUCAUCGCUUGCCAGAGGAUGAGGUGCUGGCAGUGCCGCAUUGCUUUCAACUUGAGUCUCAGGAUGUUCAAUGGCAUUUAGUCGCUUUAGUUUGCCAAGAUCAUCGACAUCUAAAGAGCAAUUCUACUUGCAUCGAGGAAGGUCUUCACUCCAUGCCCAAGCCACAUAGAGUGACCUUCUUGCACGGCGCCAAAGAAUGGCUCUUGGAAAACGGCUGUCUCCAAGAGCUGCGACGCCGGAGCCUACCAUCUUCGAUGCCUAACUCAUGGCUUUGCACGCGCAGUUUGUCGCCGGAGGUCAUUGUUUACAUGAAGGGCAGACCCAGAGGCUCGCUGUACACCGCCAAGUCGGAAGGUAUUCCUGCAUCGUUGGCUGAUCGCACUGCCUUCCGCGUUCGCAUUGUGACCGAAAAGGCGCUGCAGAAGACCAGGGGAGACUUUGGAGGUGGCUCAGAGAUCUUUGCCUCGGCAGUGCUUGGGCUGACCUCGGUUGGAAAGAAGGGCUUGAAGGGCAACAGCGGCGAGGACUUUCUGAUGGAUUUGAAGCAUGAAGUCCAUCGACAAUUGCGAAUCCCUCCGGAGAGACAGUUGUUGCUCCAGAUCCCUGAUGCUGCCGAUGUGAGUCAGCCAGGUUUCAGAGACAGUUGGCUGCUGCCAGUACAGUCGAUGGCCAGCUUGCAAGCUUCAGCGAUAUGUCACCGAUGUUUCAUGCUACCCACAGUGCUGCUGAUGUUUCUUCCCAACGAUGUGGACUCCAUGUCUUCCAUGCUCCAGUGGCAAGCACAAGGUCCUGAAGGUAGCGACAGUUCGAGUCUCAAGCGGGCACUUCCACCACUCAUCCCCUUGCUGUGCAGAUAUUUUAGCCGCAAGACCAUGACCCACAGUGUCUUAGGAGUUCUUCUGGCUGCGCCAACUGACACUCUUUCGCAGCAUUUGCCUUGGCUUCAAAAGCGUAUUGCUGUGAGUGGGGAAGAGGAGGUGAAGGCUGAGCCCGCUGAGACUUUUGUUCCUUUAGCGUGUUCUGCAAGUCUGGGACCAGGGCAAGAGGCACUUAUCUCAUCUUCAAGUUGGCUUCGACCCUUGCGAAUGGACUUGCCUUUGGCGGAACAGCCGGUGAGCUUUGGAAGUGCUAUUGACUUUGAAAUUGCAAGCUGCGGUCGUCGAAAUAUGCCGAGGGCAUCACUGCCCAAGGUCGAAGAAGAGAAGCUUCGCACGUUGGGUUGCCUGUUUUUGGACAUUGAUCUUCGCACGAAACCUGGAUCAAUCCGAAGCCAGGUCUCCUCUUGGGUUAGUGCCUUCUCUCGCAUGAAAGCAGACUUGCUUGAUGCAAAGCCCUGUCGAUACCAGGACGGGAGCCUGUUGAUCUUCGAGUUCAAAAACUUUGAUGGAGAGGAAGAUGCCAAAGAACUUUGCCAAAGGUUUGCUGCCAAAGGGAGCUGCGAAACUGCCUUUUGUAAAGGAAGGCUUGGCAAGCAGCGGCCACGAGAGCUUUGUUUGUUGCAAGGCGUAGCCAGAAGUGCCAUACCAGGAGGGAAGGUUUCGCAGUGUACCAUGUGGUGCGCCUGUGCUCCAGGAAGAUUGCCAGUUGAACGGAGGAAUGCCAGAGACUCAACUGAAUCUGGUGGAAUUCCUUUGGACUUUCUCGCAGCCCUGGACUUUUUUGGGAUGCCGCACUUUGCGGAGAUCCGUGUGGUUCGCUUUGGUGAUGGUGUCCCACUUGAAGUCCGCUGGGAGGUUGGCACGAAUGACGAGGUAAUUUGGGAGGAAGAAGAAGAAGAAGAGAACUCUGAAACUGCUCAGACCUCCUUGUUGGAAGGCGCCUCAGAGCAAGCAAAAUCACAAGAUGCUCCCAGCGAUCAGAGCCAAAUCUGGAUUCGAGUUCAACGAAGAAGAUGGGCUGACGAGACAGAUUCCAAUGACGACAAUGAUGGGGAAACCUUGGCAAGUGAGGCCAGGGAUGGACUUGAGGAACUCAGUGAAAGAUGUGAAAGUUCAGGUAGCCUGGAGGCGAGCCCCAGCAUAAGGCCGAAACUCGCGUCAGAGCAGCACAUAUCCUCGUCCUCUGGAAGUCCAAAGCAGCCACAUCCGUACUUGGCCUUCUUUCAGGAUGUGCGCUCAGACAGACACAGGCAAGUGCCUUCACCUGACCUGCCACCUUCGAACAUGAGUGAUGCUCUGUGCAGUGACAAGGCUGACAAGGAGCUCAGGAAGGAACAGCCACGAGAGUCCGAGGAAGAUGGCGCUUUUCUCGCCGAGUGCGAACGCCUUGGCGAGAAAUCUUCAGAGCCUCGUCCCGAGGCCAUGGAGGCCAUGGAGGCCAUUCGCCUGGAAGGCCUUAGACAGCGCUCUUCGGAGGUCCAGGUCGAGGUGACGGGACCUGCGGGUCCGCGGGGUCAGGCGAGCGAGACCUGCGAUCGAAGACGAGCUGAAAAAGCUCAAGAGCUGGAUGCACCUUCGAAGUCUUCAAAGUCGGAGUGGAAAACAGCCAGGUCCAAGGAGUUCAAGGAGCCAAAAGAUUCUCUCUCCAUGUCCCACAUCGUGCCGCCUUCAAUGCGCCGAAGCUUGUCGGAGGUUACCGAGGAGCUUGUGCAGCUACUCGCUGAGGCACGAGCGUCGUCCCACGCAGACCCUGUGCAGCUCGAGGAACUGGGCAGGGCAGAGCGCCGCUUGAUGGCAGCGCUGGUGGAGAAAGAUGAGAAGGGUAUUCAGGAGGAUGGUUCGCGCCCAGAGUGGUCCACUUUUGCCUCGUGUUUGGUGGGCUCCGUGUCCGUCUCCUCGGUGCCGCCCUCGGUGCCACGCAGCCGGGCCCUGAGCCGAGCCAGUUCCUACGACAGCUUCUUCGACGGCGAAGGCGUGCGCUACGUCUUGGCUUCGCCCGAAAACACCCAGCCGAGCACGCCCAGGUCAACGGCCCAAGCGACAUCGACUCCGACGUGGCCUGCGCGUUAUGUGCUUCCUGAGCCCUAUUGGCUGAUGGAUGAGCCAAAUGCCAACGUUCUACGUUUGAACGAUGGUGUGAGCCAGCAGGGUUUUGACUUCAAUGGGCACCACGGAGUUUUUGGAGAAGAACGAGGUGACUUGCAGAUGCCCAUCACUGGGUGGCAUGAUCCUGUGUCGCCACAAGCCCUAGUGUUGCAACGUGCUCCAGUCCGCAAGAGACAUGGGAGCAAAGGCAGCAAAGCUUCGACGGACUCAGAGAGUCACUCACAACUGACCCAGGAUGAAGUGCCGGAGUUGAGACACGUUGCAACAAGCGCAAGCACUGCAAGCAUGCGUAAACGUCAGCAAGCUUCAAUACCCAGUGGUCCCAGCCUGGGCUUGAUGUGGCACAACAGCCCUUUUGCCAUUUCCCGCACUCCAAAUAUCCACACGCCCGCGAGCCACCGGUCACCUGCGCGAUCGCCCACGUCGUUUAGUGGCUACUGCUCUCCGAUUCCGGGAUUCGCCGUGCAUUCCGCACAUUCCUCCGGUGUGGCUUCGCCCCAAAGGCGCUCGGGCUAUUCGUCUCCCUCCACCGGUGGGGCCUUCUUUGGGGCGGCUCAGAGCGGGCUCAUGCGACGAUUGAUGUCCUUGCGUGAGGCUAGAGGCGAAGAGCAAGAAGAAGACAGCGACGUCUCUUCUCGUCGAAGUGCUUCUGACGAUGGGGAACCAGAUUUGCUGGAACUGCUUCUCAAGCAUGCAGAGCGCGCACCCAGUAGAUCGGUCGAACCAAGAUUGUUUUCUUUGGAUUUGCGCUCUGAUUUUCCGAUCUCUUCGCUUCGAGGAUUGCUUCCAUGUCAUUCCGUUCCCUUUCUCAAUGCUUUGGUGCAGACUCUACUUGCUUCGUCCUUGAAAGCUUUACUCUCACAGGUUUCUUUGACGCCCGUACAGCGUCCGGCUUAUUCGUGCUUUGCACAGCUUUGCUUGGAAAUGGAGGGGUCGAUCUCGAAGCCUUCAGAUUUGACCUCCUUAAACUUGCAGAACAUUCAGAAUCGUCCAGUGGAUGCAGGGCUACUGAUGGAGCCACUACUUCGUCGUUUCGAACGGGGAAAGUCGGUGCAAGAAGCGCCUGCCUUUCCGGGGCCCUCUCGUGUUCCUGGCUUGGCAGAUAUGUUCUCUUGCUUUCUGCACUUCUUUUUGGGUCAACUGCACGAUGAAUGCAAGUGGCCCUCCGUCCGAUCCGUCUCCAGCUCGCAGCAGGAUUCCGAUGAUUCCCCCAUGAUGCGGAUCUUCGGUGGUCUGAUCCAAACUUCCAAAGAACGACGCCCGAAGAAUGCCAAAGCGACAGAUGUGGCCUUUGAAUCAUUUCUGCUGCUUCACUUGGACUUGACACCAAGCUCAAUGGCUUUAACUUCUGUGAGCAAGGCCUUGGAGGAACUCUUGGCCAAGUACGACGCUUGCUUUCGGCGUUUGCCACCCUUUCUGCUUUUGCAUUUGGAGCGCUUCCGCACGGGCAGCGAUGGGCUGCCAGACCGGGUGCUACGGAAGUGCCGCAUGGACCUGCAGCUGGAGCUGGAAGAGGUGGAUCUGGUUGGAAGGGCGGAAGGAGAAAGAGAGAACAAAGAAAAUUGAGAACACAUAGCACUAGUGUCACUAGUGAGAAAGCAAAAGAGAGAAGGAGAGAGAGAGAGAGAGAGAGAAAUUGAGAUAGCCUCCAACCUACUAGCGAUGGCCUCCAACCCAAUAGAAAGAGAGAUAGAGAGAGAGAGAGAGAGAGACUGUUAGAUGUAACGUUGAUUGCCAAAUUGUACGCAUAGCUGUGUCGUCUUCUCCUGAGCUCAAGGCGCAUGCAGACUCUCGCGUCCGUAUUGCACAUGUCUCAACCCUAUUGUUGACUCACUCUUGUUUUCACAAAGCAUAGUAGUUCACAUUCUUCCUCGGUUUGUGCAAGGGCUUAACACACCACAAGCGAACUUGUUCAAGAGAAUGGUUCAUCAUUCUCAGGACUCAGGAUCUUUUUCCAUCAAAUGUAUUGCACGACAUUGUUGUCACUCUGUACAGCUGCAGUUUUGACAUCUUCCGUUGUUCCUGUGUACAGCUUAGGAGUUGCAAGACAAACGAAAACAAUGACUCAACUACCAGAUGAACAAUCGGCAUGGUGCUAUGACAAUGGUCAAAUAAAUUACAACCAACAGCGGCCAGCCCAGAACCCAUUCACAUGCACAAGCACCGCGAUCACAGCAGCGUGCGUGGCCUCCCACAAGUGGACCCAGCAGUACACAUUGUUUUAGGAGUAGAGAUUAGCGAUUGGAGAAUACAAAG